CCGAAGAGAACGCUUCGUGUUUGGAACCCCUUUUCCGAGUGACUCGCAGACCAGCGCCACUUCCCCGGAACCGGGUCGGGAACCGGGUCGGAUCGGAGCCAUGGCCGCCGAGAAGCGUCGCUCGCCGUGCGCGCUCAGCGUCAAGGCGCACGCCUUCUCGGUGGAGGCGCUCAUCGGGGCGGAGAAGAGACGCCGGACGGCCGGAGAAGACGUGACGCCCGCCGGCUACGACCACGGAAGCGACGGCCCUCCGGCGGCCGAGAGCCCGGAGCCUCGGGCGGGCGGAGCGUGUGCCGGCGACCGCUGCGGCGAGGGGGAACGUGCCGGCGACGGAUGCCAGAGCGAGGACGCGCCGCCGGAGAGCCCGCGACCCGCCGCCGUGCGCGGCAGCGUGGAGGACACGCGCGUGGACCUGCAAGGCUCGGAGCUGUGGAAACGCUUCCACGAGAUCGGCACGGAAAUGAUCAUCACCAAGGCCGGGAGGCGGAUGUUCCCCGCCACGCGUGUGAAAAUCUCGGGUUUGGACCCCCACCAGCAGUAUUACAUCGCCAUGGAUAUCGUCCCCGUGGAUAACAAGCGCUACAGGUACGUGUACCACAGCUCCAAGUGGAUGGUGGCGGGCAACGCCGACUCGCCGGUGCCACCGAGGGUCUACAUCCACCCGGACUCUCCCGCCUCCGGGGAGACAUGGAUGCGUCAGGUGGUCAGCUUCGACAAACUCAAACUCACCAACAACGAGCUGGACGACCAAGGACACAUCAUCCUCCACUCCAUGCACAAGUACCAGCCCCGCGUGCACGUCAUCCAGAAGGAGUGUGGAGAGGAGCUGUCCCCGGUGAAGGCCGUCCCGGCUGGGGAGGGAACACGCACCUUCUGCUUCCCCGAGACCGUCUUCACCACCGUCACGGCCUACCAGAACCAGCAGAUAACAAGGCUGAAAAUUGACCGAAACCCUUUUGCCAAAGGCUUCAGGGACUCUGGCAGGAACCGGAUGGGUUUGGAGGCGCUGGUUGAGUCCUACGCCUUCUGGCGGCCAUCUUUGCGGACGCUCACCUUCGAGGACAUACCCGGCAUGGCCAAACAAGGAGUCCCAGGAGCUCACGGAGGUGUGGGCCCAUCGCCUCACCUGCUCUCCCCGCCUCCCUGUUCAUCGCCCUUCCAGGUUUGCCCUCUCAGCCCGAGUGACUUCACCUGCAGCCGCCCCGCCCUCCCGCUCCACCGCUACAGCAACCCGCCUGAGCCCUUCGGCGCUCCCCGAGGCCUGGCGGCAUACGAGGGCGAAGCGUUCUGCUCCCUGUCCCUCCCGACGUCUCAGCUCGGCUACCUGCCCGCCCCCCAGGGCUACGCCGGCCUACGCCUGCACACGCCCCCUUACGGCCUGUACGGCUACACAUUCCCUCCGUCGCCACGCCUCGCCGCCAGCCCUGACAAAAUGGCUGCCGCCAACCAGCAGAGCGCCCUCGUCGGUACGUCUCCAAGCGCGACAGUAACGGACAGUCUGGGCGCGCUCGCCACAGGACAGCAGGGCUUCUUGUUUGACUCCCGGACUUUGGGCCUUGGUGGGAGCCAGCCAGGGGGCGGGGCCUCACAGGUCACCGCCCACAUGGGCUGAACUCGGACGUCUACAAUUCUGUUGUUUCCAAAAUCCAAAUGCCCCUGGCCAAUGGUUCCGGGUGAUGAAACCAUCAGGUGGUGUGCUAAUACACCACCUUCUCAUCCCACCAGAACCUCCUGUCACGUGUCCAGCCACGCAGGAAGUGAGGCCUGACUGGAACUGAUUAUGGAUGAAGGGGACCCAGAGACUUCCAGUGAGCACUUGAGCCACUUUUUCUCAGAAGGGGAUCUCCGUGAACUCUGCCGUGUUGUCAGGGAGGACCCGGGUAGCCCCCGAUGGUUCAAAGUUCCACAUUCUUUUCAGCAUACAACAAGAACCUUUUGGACUUCAUUCGUCACCAGCAGCCCACAGCGGCACAGCGUUCAUUCAUUAGUCAUUCAUUCACUCACUCAUUCAUUCAUUCAUCAAGGACCACAAGAAAUGCUGUGGAAGGGAAAAGGGCCAACGUGAUUGGCUCACUCGCUAGCGGCAGGAGGCGGCGUGGCGACAACCAAUGACCCUUUGCACUUAUGCACCUGCUUGGGCUCUCCACAUCAAGUCAAAGGUCAAGUAGUGCCGACCUUGAACUUUGUGGGCGAGCAACUGUCAGACACUUCUUCGCUUUGGCCCCGCCCCUAUAAAUUCUAUACUGUAUUCACGUAUUCACGCUAGAGCUUUGUAUGCCAAUCAUUUCACUGACUGCACGCGCUGCCAUGACACUAAAGCAGCCUUGUUUCAUCUCAACCAAUUAGAAGGUUUAGCACAGACUGCUAAAGACUGCUAUAGACUCUGUAGCAUACUGCAAAC